AGGACCAACGGUUGCUUCCUUGUUUUCUAAAACUGCUUCCACUUGUACAGCCCUAGUAGGGUAGUUCUUCACAAGCUAGUUUCAUCAUCGACUGUUACCAUUCUAUUUUUCCAUUUUCCCUCACAGCAGGCCUCGUCUUGACGGCGAGCUUUUUUUUUCGUCUAGCCGACGACGUAAAAAAAUCUAAAUUUGAUAAAAAGAGUUGCACAGUGGAACAACCACUACAGGGUUGUUGGGAUCAUAUAAAACUUCACUUUGAACAAGAAGAAAAUCGAGCACCAAAUAUAUCAUGACGGGCGGCUCGACGUAUAUUUUCACAAACGGUCUGAUUGACCACGUUUUGCGAAACCCGGUGCACUACCCCGGACCCCACAACUAUGGAACUGUCAGGAUUGAAAUUAACAAAGUUGAAAGAAUUUGUGAUGCAUAAAAUCUAUACCAGUUGGACCCACAGUUUCAAAUCGGUGCAUGACAAAUUUUCCUGGCCUCUGAAGCAAGUCUGUCAUGCUGUUUAGGGAAAGAUGGCUGCUCCCUGUCAUGCUAGUCAGCAGCCUAAUUCUUGACCCGUACCAGCACUAGAAUCUGCCGCCCUUGCGCCUUCGGCAAUAGAGUCAGUCUUUGUGUCGCAUUUUAUGCAUGACAAAUCAUUUCAACUUUGUCGAUUUCAACUCUGACACAUCCAUAACAACGCGAAGUCGUCGCGUACCACCCGAGGGCUGCCGGAACUCGAACCCUACCGGUAUGAACUGCAAAAGCAUCGUACUAGCAUAAAUUGCAUUACACAUUAGCCCAACAUUACAAAUUAAAUUUGUAAUGCUGUUUUGCCUUGAGAAAGAAAUUUGUAAUGCAUAAAUGCAAUUACUACGAGUACGAUACUCUUGCAGUGGAUAACCGCCAGCUGGAGCUGAUUUGGGACGGGGUGGGCCGGUACCUCAAGGUUUCGAUCGAGAAGGGGCUUUCUGUGUACAUCUCGAAGUUUAUCCGGAGAAAAAAAUUUUUGUGUUACUUGCGUUCUUUGCGGUUUUUGUGCAUAGGAAUUCUUGUAUGAAACAGCGCACUAUGCUAGUAUACUGUGUGUACAAACUUCGCAAGUUUUUGCUAUGCAAAACAGCAUGACAAUGAAUUCCGCAGGCGUAACUAACACGUCUAUUCACCGUAAUAAAGUUCGGCACAAUCAGUUUCCGCUCACACCUGCAGGACGCGCAAACCAAAUACAACCGACAGUUGCUGCUGGAGCCGUAUUUUCAGGUAUAAAACUUCCUCGACUUUUUAAUUUCGCGUGUGGUACAACAACUGCUAUAGUUAGUACAACUGGAUUUUUGCAUGGUUUUUGUGGAGUUUCUCAUGCGGAAUGGGGAAGAAUGGACAAUUUUGUCAUGGUGAAAUAAACUGAGUAUAGGUGAAAUUGAAAUGUGAACGUACAAAAAAACAGCCCUGUGACGAAAUGAAGGAGCACUUGACCAAGAAGGUGAUCAAAGUCGUAUGCGUUGCAAACAUGUCGGGGUCUGGAUCUGUGAUGCAAAGUCUGCAUGAUAGGUAAAAAAUUUUCGGCGAUCAUUGCAGUUUGUAAUGCUAAAUUCACAUCAUGAUGCCUUCGCGAUCGAAAAUAAACUUUCUUGUGGUCGUGUGCUCAUGCCGAUGAGCAAGAAGCCGCCGGUACCGCUUUCGUGACAAUAAAGUUCGUUCUUGUAAUACUAAUAUCCGGACCUCCCAGACAUGAUAUUUGCAUCUGAUACCUCGUAACGGAAAACGGCGCUCCCCCAACGGGCAUCUACGACAUCCCAGCCCGGGUUUCCUACCUGAACGAGAAGCCGAUUGUAUUACAAUGAAAAAUGCCCCCACCCCCUAACUUGGGAGCAUUUGUAUUGCAAACCUUUGCACAUGAAACAUUCGCCCUCUUGCAUCUAUCAGCAUCACAGAUUUUUUCCAAUCGUGAGUAGAAAAAAUUUGUAUUGCGCAAGAUCCCAGCAAGAGCGGCGCUUGUCAUGCAAGCAAUGCGAUGUACGCCUAGACUCUGCAUCAGAAAGAUUCAUAGUCCUUUCAUGCAUGACAAGAGGUUUUCAUUCGGAGACUUUGCAUCACAAAUUAUUGCAACUUUGGGGGUGGGGGCUUUUUUCACUAUGAUAGAUUGCGGCGGUCUGCUACCUCCCGCUGAACGUGGUGCAUUCGGGCGUGCGGGCCUUGUUCUUAUCAAAUGCAAAAAUGUCUGGGUCUGGAAACUUGUGAUGCUGGGUGGCGUAUCAUGAGGAGACCGCAAGUGCUGGCUCAGCAUGACAAGUUUCUGAGUUAUUUCGAGGUGUUGCCUGUGUUGCAUGACAAACUGCGUUUCUGCAUGACAGAAAGAUAGGGCUCUUGGGUAAUGUGCAUGACAGAUUUAUGAGUCACGCGAGACAAGCAUGACAAACUUGCAUUCUUCCAGACCCAGACAUAUUUGCCUUUGAUAGUUCUCCGGGAUUCUCGAUUUAGUGGCGCGCAACUACCCGCUCCGACUGGAAUUUAACGAAGUUUGCCGGGUGAGUGUGUUUUUUUUCUCUAUUUUGCCGGACUAGUUGAGUUGCAGUUUGUCAUGCUCACUGAUACCAUCAGAACUUGUGGUCGUCGCUUUGUAACUCUAGAAGUCUUAUCAACAUUAUCUUCAUAGAAGUUCAUGAAGCUCUCAACAAUUACAGAUCGACCUCGUGGACCGAACUUUCAACUACGAAUUCUACCCCUUCGUGCACGCUUAUGGGAGUGUCAGAAUUGAAAUCGACAAAGUUGAAAUAACUUGUCAUGCAUAAAAUCGAUACCAGUUGGAAGCCCAGUUUCGAAGCGGCGCAUGACAAAUAAUUUUGGCACCAGCUAAAUCCAGUUUGUCAUGCUGUUUAGGGACAGAAGGCAUCUUUUGUCAUGCUACUUUAGCAGCUCUAUCGAAGACCCCAAACAGGCUGACAGUCGGCCUUACUUGCCAUCCCUGCAAGACAGUCACUUCGUGCCUUGCAUUUUAUGCAUGACAAAUCAUUUCAAUUUUGCCGAUUUCAGUCCUGACGCUUCCAUAACGCCUCUGCGAAGUUUCACGGCGACAAGUUUCUGGGGAAGAUUCACGAAGUGCGGAAGCCGCUGCACCUAGUCGGCGAGUCCACGCUACGAUCGAUGACGCACCUGCGCCCUGACUCGCGGGAAGAGGAGAAAAAACGGGCGUACACGACCUUGUUGCGCAACUACAGUGGAGAUCUGAACACCAUCUCCAAGAUCCAUCCACAGAAGACCCGGGACCACGUCGGGUACUAAGCAGUAGAGCAAGGGUUUUUUUUAUUGCAGGUCGUGUAGUCGUGGAUCCUGCUGGUGACGAUGAGGCCUCCUGUUGUGCUCGCUAGGUAAGUCUUCCUUCUUCACGCUGUCAUCUGUAAAAUCCCAAAAAAAAACAUCCACUGUUUGCGACUUUGAAGUAUUUCGGCAUCAAGCAAAGGUUUUUGUUUUGAUUUGAUACACUAGAAAUAAGUCUCCGUCUGCGACGGAGAGAGUACAAGAGAAGAAUCUGUUUUUGUUGUAAAUACGGCUUGCCAGGAUCAGGAUUUUUCUUAUUUGACAAUUUUCACUUGCACCUUCUUUGGACUUUGAUAUGACUUUAUUUUAUUCCAUUUGAACAACAACAAAUUCAAAUUGCAACUCAUCACCUGUAACACUACAACUUGUUUCUUGUUUCGCAUGAUUUGACGCAAUCGCUGCAUGGCUUUGCGCCCAGCGGACGAGUUUCCUUUAAAAAUGUUUGGACAAUAUUAAGACACCUGUAUUUUAAGACGUGCUUGAAGUUGUCCAAUGCUUUAUUCUCCAAGGUGCAACUUGCUUUCGAUAUCACACACCUGUAUAGAAAAUGAAAAGAGCUUGCGACCUCUGUUGUCAGAAAUCCAUACUGGGAGAGGAUGACUCAAAUGGACACUGUACAAAGACCAACAGGGUUGACAUUGAAUAUUCUUUCGCAAGCAUACAGAAUAAAAAAGGCAUGCAAGGCAUGUCGUGCAUAAUUGUCAUGCUAGCUCGGGUUUCCGAUUCCGAGCGUCGUCCUUCACGAUAGAUAACCAGUUAUGUUCGCAAAAAUACCACGACAACAUGGUAGAAGUUGAAAAUUUUCC